AUGGGAGAGACCUUGCACGCAAGAAUUCACCUCAACGACAUUGCCGAAUAUGCCAAAGGGCCGUACGAAUUUGUGAAUGACGAUGAGCAGUUCGAUGCCAAUGCCAAUGCGUACAACCAUUAUUUCACGGAAGAUGACCGCGGCACCGUCUCGAAGGCAUUCGAAGUCUUCCAGGCGGCGAUCGGCGACGACGCAAUCAACAGGCCCAGCUUCAAGAUAAGAUGCGCACUGCCGCCUUACGCUGAGUGCACGGGGGACCCCAAAGACCCGGACGAUCCGACGGAUGUGUUCGCUCUCGCUGACCCGACGCCCGAGGACCUGAACGUCCCUGGGCGUGUCCAGCCCGGCCCCCGACACAUGGUCAUCUGUCCCGGGUUAUGGGAGCAGCCCCGGCUGCCCAGCACAGACGAGGAAGUCGAGGAAUAUUGCCAGGGAGGACAAUACUACACCGAGUGGGAAACGGGGGUUCACACAUUGAUGCACGAGCUCUCGCACCUGGACUCGUUCGGUCUCAUCAUGGAGUGGGGUACAAUGCACGAACCAGCAUCAGAACACCUCCCCGAGUUCGAUUUCCACGGCACAACGGACUGGCAGGGCAGCUCGUCAGUCUCGGCGAGGCGGUUGCGGACGGCAGAUCCCAUUGACCCUGAGAACGACUGGAUCCCGCUAUACCGCAAUGCGGAGAAUCACGCAGGGCUCGCACUCGAGUACUCCGUCAAGGCCAAGUGCGGCGUUGACGACGUCCCGACCCUGCCGCCCCCCUAG